AUGGAGUGGCUGAGCCAGCGCUGCCCGCUGCUGCCCGCUGCCCAGGGCUGUCCCCGGCCAGGUCGCGGCACCUUGCUGCUGGUGGUGACUCUGUCUUUGCUGAUGUACCCAGUGCUGAGGAGUCUCGCUCUUCAGCUGCACUCUGCCGUCACCGGCAGCUACGUCUCUGGGACCCACUCCAUUGCCUUCAUCAACUGCCUCAACGAGCAGAUUGCCAAGGAUAUUGCAAGGGCCAUCAUGGAUAAGAAGCUGGCUGCCUACGUGAACAUCCUGCCGAAGAGCUCGGCCUUGUAUUUCUGGAAAGGGGAACUGGAAGAAUCCACUGAAAUACUACUGUUAGUGAAAACAAGGACAUCCAAAAUAGAUGAAUUGUCCAACUACGUCAGAUCCAUCCAUCCCUUUGAAAUUCCUGAAAUCAUCAGCCUGCCUAUUGACCAAGGAAACCCUCUCUACCUCAAAUGGAUAGAAGAAAGUGUCCCACGGGACUAACUGAACAGUGCAGGAAGCACCUCGCUUUUGGGGAGACCAGGUGAAAUGUGCUGAGCCGCGCUGGUCUCCCUGCGCAGGCAGGAGUUACGCAUAUGUGGGGAGGCAGUUUAUAUCUUCACGGGUUUGCUAUAACACAGAAGCUUGGGAUUGGGAAUUUCGUUUGCACUCGAAACAUCCCCUCCUUGGCCUGACCCUGUGCUCCAGGGAGCACUGAGCAGCCCGGAGGCGGCGCAGGCUGAAGUGGGGAAGGGCUACGUGCACCAAGGGCUGUUGCAGCAUUGCGGAUGAGGAUACGCAGAGAUGCUCAUGUCAGGACAGUGCAGCAUUUGGGGGCUGUCUCAGACCGCCAGCAGCAAAUGCCAGCUGGUAGCCAUGGCCUGGCAGCCCCCGGCAGCCCCUCCAGCGCCGUGCGUCCCCACAGCCAGCGCCUCAAACCCUGCCUGGCCCCCCUGCUCCCCCGCAGCGGCUGUCGCAGCAUCCUGCACCGCUCUGCCUCCUGCUUCCCCAGCCCGGAGGCAGCAGGAUGUGGCUGGGCACCCCGCGAUGCGCCAGCUCACGCCCUCUCCUGCUGUCAUGCAACGUGCUGGUUCGAGUCUGACAAAACCCAAAGAAAUGGCAAACUUGAGCAGACGCUGCAAGCAUUUACCAGGAGACGCAAGCAGCGUGCGCACUGAGCCUGCCCUACCUGCCGAGCCGGGGAGAGUCAGGCUGAGCUGGGCAACAUCCACUGCCAGUUCAGGAAAACCAAGUGCCAGCAGGACCAGGGCAUCGCCUGGCUGCGGAGCAUCGCCCCGGCCAUGCAUCCCCUCCCCAUGCCUGAACGGUGGCUUUCUACCCGGGCCAAGUUUAACCGUGUAAAAAGAUGCUCAUGUUAAUAGUUUAACGGGACAUAACUUAUGGAACAAUAUUGAGUUAUUUAUGUGACUGGGAAGGGAAUAAACAGGAGCGUUGCUUACCUGG